UGCUUUUUCUAGGACCCUUCUGUGGGGAACUCAUCAUUCUGGGGCCUCCUCUUCCUUGCAGCAGGAAGUACUCAUCUUCCCAGGCUGGCCUCGGAUCCUCCAUGGCUGCACGGCUUCAUCACUCUAGGUUCCUUGGCACUCAGCUGCUGCUGCUUCUCCUCUUCCUUCCUCUUCCUUCUUCUUCGGCAAGGCUUCUCUGUGUAGUGUAGGCUGUCCCGGACCUCACUCUAGACCAGGAUGACCUAGCACUCAGAGAUUCACCUGCUCCUGGGGGGAUUAAAGGCGCUACCAUCAAUUUAGGUAGCACUUAGGUUCUUUCUGAUCUGUUAUCUCCCAGUUUCACCUGGUUCUGUCCUCAGGGUCAGCUCCACCCACCUCACAUCCCAGUCUCUAGAGAUCAGAAAACCAUAACUAUAUACCCUCCCUGCAUAUGGGGUCCCUGUACCUCCUUUUCCUUCUCCAAAAACCUCAGGAUGGCAGACAUAAUCUCACCACUACAACUUAUGCUCUCCCUGACGGGAAAGUCUUGUAGGAAGCGUUUACCGAUGACCUCAGUAGGGUUUCUCUGUGCCCUCUUUUCUAAUGCACCUGUAUCCACCCUGCCCGCCAGGGACUAUGUACUGUUCAUGUUCUGGCCCCUGCACACAGCACAUACUCUGUCACAUGUUACCACUCUGUAUCCACUAUUUGAACUACUGUUUGGGAAGUACAAGCAAAAAAGGCUCCUAGGCCACAAUCCCUGGGGUAGAGUGGGCAGGGCAGUUUGUCCUGGGGUGUGGACAUGCUUGCUCAGGUUUUCCUGAAGAUUGGAGCUUGAGUUUGAGAGUCCUCUGAAGGACAAAUCCAGUAGCAGAGCCUUUCACCCAAACAAACCCUGCCUAGUACUUGGGAAGGUUAGGUAGUUGUUUCCUACAAAUCAAGGGCAAUCUGGGUACAGAGCGAGGCCCUACUGGUGAGCCUCAACUGAGAAAAUGUCUCCAUGAGACCAGGCUACAGGCAGGCCUAUCGGACAUUCUCUUUCAUCUUCCCUUUUUAAAGAUAUCUUGUGUGUGUGUUUCCCCGCAGGCAUGUCUGUGCACGCACCACAUACAUUCCCUCAGCGCCAACAGAGGCAGAAACAGGCAUCUGAUCCCCUUGAAUUAUAGUUACAGACAGGGAACUAUUGGGUGCUGGAAAUCCAACCUGGGUUCUCUGGAAGAGCAGCCAGUGUUCUUACCUGCUGAGCCAUCUCUCUAACCCGGGAAAAUCAAUUACUUCGUAAUUGAUCAGAAAGGGCGAAGUGGGCGGUGCCGCCAUUGUGGGCGGUGCCGUCCCGGAUGGUGGUGCCAUCCUGGAUGGUAGUGAUGGCGGUGCCGUCCCGGAUGGCUGUGCCAGGGUCUACAAGAAAGCAGGCCGAGCGAGCCCUGAGGACGCCAGUAAGCAGCAGGCCUCUUCCAUGGCCUCUGCCUCAGCUCCUGCCUCCAGGUUCCUUGUCUGAGUUCCUGACUUGACUUUCUCCAGUGGACUAUGACUCAGGAUAGUAAAAUAAAAACAACGAAACCCGAAACCCUUUCCUCAGCCAGGCAUGGUGGCACACGCCUGUAAUCCCUGCAGUCUGGGGGGCAGAGGCAGGUGGAUCGUUUUGUGUCCAAAGUCAGCCUGGUCUACAAAGAUGUACAGGUCAGCCAAGGCGACACAGAGAACUGUGUCCUGAAAAACCAAUCUAAAUUAAACCACAAAACAAACAAAAACCUUCUUCCCUCCCCAAGUUGUUUUUUUUUUUUAAAUUUACCUACUUUUUAAACAUUUAUUGUUAUUAUCAUUUAUUACAAUUUAUUCAAUUUGUAUCCUGGCUGUGUCCCCCAAGUUGUUUUUGAUCAUGGUGUUUCCUCACAGCAAUAGUAACCCUCAUUAAGAUGGUUCCACAUCCCACCCUUGCACGUUCAAACCCCCGGUCAGUAAGUCUUGGACGUGUAAGAGGCUAUGUAUGUCUCUUCAGGAAGGGAGAAACUGGCCUCUGCCUGCCUGUGAUAAGGGUCCUCAGACCUGGAAAGCUAAGAACUCCCACUCAUCUUCCUUGCACGGCCUCCUUUGCCCCUCCUCCUGGUCGCGUUCCCCUGGUCCCCCUCCCUCCCUCUGUCUCCACCCCUGCCCCCACUGCAAAUAAAAAGCCAGCCCUGGCCGCAGACUUCAGACCAUCCCUUUGCUCCUGCCUCGCAGCCCAUGGCCCGGUGUAGGACGCUGGUGGCCGCCGCCCUGGCGCUGCUCCUGCCGCUCCUGCAGCCUGGCCUUGCGUGGCACAAGCCCGCGGCGGGACCCCACAGCUACGCCGUGGGCCGCGCCGCGGGGCUCCUGUCGAGUUUCUACAGGCUCCCGUCCACGAGCCGCUCCAGCUCCCCAGCCCUCCCGGUCGGAGCUGGACCCCUGCGCGGCGUGGAGAUGCGCUCCAGCCUACGGAGCCUUGCCCUGUGUGUCAAAGACGUGACUCCGAACCUGCAGAGCUGCCAGCGGCAACUCCACAGCCAAGGGACUUUCCAGUGUAAGGCGGACGUCUUCUUGUCGCUGCACGCGGCUGAAUGCCAAAGCUCCUGAGCCCUGCACCCCGCCUCGACGCCGUGGUGGGUAACCUCCCGUGCCUCCUGCCUGAAGUAGUGAAGGCCCUGUGUGGGGCUGGCUCCCAUGGCCCCUAACUCCCCCUCCGCACUCCAUGGCUAACGGUUGAAUGAAUAAAGAAGCAGAAACUGUC